AUGUCUUCCGAUCCUCUUGUCCAAUUCGUGACCUUCUCUUCGGCUGUAGAGGCAUCAUUUUGGCAUAGCUUAUCCACGCGUAAAAUUGAUUUGUACAAAUUAGACGAUGCUCCAAAGAAAAUUAUAGGUUAUUAUUCAACUGGUCGCUCUCUGCAAUCGCAAGAUUCCACCGAAGCAAGCAUUGCUGUACCAGCGCGUUUAUGUCUCGGUACGGGAGCUUUUCCCGAGGUUAAUGACGAUUCCAUUUCAAGUCUGCCGGUAUUCUCCUUUCCUUCGGUUGGGACGAUCAAAAAUACAAAUACCAUCGAAGAAUUCAAACAACUCGAUAAGAAUGCGCUGUUCAAAGAAGCCACCGAGCAAGACAUUACUUCUGGCGCCGCAGUAAAUUUACCUUAUCUUCUCACACGGUUCAUCCUCGUCACCUUUGCCGAUUUAAAAAAAUAUAAAUAUCAUUUUUGGUUUGGCUUCCCCGCUCUACUUACUGAGCCGCCGUGGAUGGUUGGCGGUGAUGGUCAGGUCAAAGGCGUUGACAGUGUGUGGAAUGAGAAAGAGAUAGAAUCAUUAAGAAACAAUUACGAAUCAUUCACGCAAAGACAUUCUAGCAUGUGUGCAGGAUUUUUCCUCGUUAAAAAAUCAGAUUAUGAAAUUGAAGUUGGUAGGUUAUCUGAGUGGGACACGUUCUUUAAAGAUUGUGAUGACAGCGAGGAUUCGCCGACCCUUCAAGUCUGCCUAACAAUCCUGGAUGGCCUCUGCGAAAUUUUCUGGUGCUUAUACAACGUCAGUGGAAUGUUCGCAGGAUCAAAGUAUUAUGUUAUCGAGAAAUCCCAGGAAAAAAAGACAUUUCGCAAAGUCUCCGUCGGUUGGGAAAAGAACUCUCAGGGCAAACUUGGACCUCGCGUGGCUGACCUUUCGCAUUUAAUGGACCCAAAGAGGUUGGCUGAUACUUCGGUAGACUUAAAUUUAAAGCUCAUGCGAUGGAGAAUCGUUCCAGAGUUAGACCUAGAAAAGAUUAAAGAUACGAGAUGUCUGCUACUCGGUGCUGGAACUCUCGGUUGCUAUGUCGCUAGGUGUUUGCUGGGGUGGGGCGUUCGUCAUAUCACUUUUGUAGAUAACUCAUGUGUUUCAUUCUCCAAUCCCGUACGGCAGCCAUUAUUUUUCUUUGUCGACUGUUUGGAUGGUGGUAAACCAAAAGCGCAAACUGCGGCAGAGAAUUUGAAAAAAGUUUAUCCUGGAGUCGUGAGCGAGGGGCACGAAUUGACCAUUCCCAUGCCAGGCCAUCCGAUUUCUUCAGAGACCAGGACUAGAAGUGACGUGGAAAAGCUCGUCCAACUCUUUGAAUCACAUGAUGUCAUAUUCUUGUUGUUGGAUAGUAGAGAGAGUCGAUGGUUGCCCACAUUAUUAGGUUCUGUGAUGCGCAAGCUAGUUAUAAAUAUCGCGUUGGGUUUUGAUACGUAUGUUGUAAUGCGACAUGGAGUGAAGGAUGAUUCAGAAUCCCAAGUGGCGAGCUCGUCUAAUAUAAAAAUUCCAUUAGUGAAGAAGCUUGGGUGUUAUUUCUGUAAUGAUGUUGUGGCUCCAGUCAACUCUCUUAAAGAUCGUACGCUGGACCAGCAGUGCACGGUGACACGACCUGGACUGUCGGCCAUUGCUGCUGCGCUUGGCGUUGAAUUGAUGGUUUCUGUCUUGCAUCAUGAUAAAGGACCUGCUGCUCCCGCCGACACGGGUAUUGAGCCGUCCGGUUCUACGGAUUCUUCCACGUCCUCCCCCCUUGGAAUCAUACCACAUCAAAUGCGUGGAUUUCUAAAUCACUUCAAUAAUAUGAUUGUGGUUGGACAAGCUUAUGACCGAUGUACAGCCUGUUCAGAAUUCAUUAUAGAUGAAUACCAAACUCGCGGAUUUGAAUUCUUGGAACGAGCUUUCAAUUCUCCAACAUACUUGGAAGAAAUUACUGGAUUAACAAAAUUGCAUCAGGAAAGUGAGAACGUUGAUGAUUUUGUUUGGGAUGACGAUGAAAACACGGA